AUGUUUGACGAUAAAAGCAAAAAACUCGAAAAACCAACCGUUUACGCCCUAGAAAACGGGGUUGCCUAUCCUCAUCACCCAUACAGCUCCCAAUACUCAAGACCUGAUGGUCCAUUAUUACUUCAAGAUAUCAAUCUAAUUGAAACUCUUGCUCAUUUCGACAGAGAAAGAGUCCCUGAACGUGUUGUCCAUGCUCAUGGUGGUGGUUGCAGAGUUGAAUUCGAAUUGACUGAUUCAUUAAGUGACAUAACUUUUGCUAAACCAUACCAAGAAGUUGGUUACAAAUUCCCUGGUGUCGUUAGAUUUUCCACUGUCGGUGGUGAAAAGGGUAGUGCUGAUACCGUUAGAGAUCCAAGAGGUGCUUCUUUCAAAUUCUAUACUCCUUGGGGUAACCACGAUUGGGUCUUCAACAAUACUCCUGUUUUCUUCAUUAAAGAUGCUCUUAAAUUCCCUCAUUUCAUUCAUUCUCAAAAGAGACAUCCUCAAACGAACUUGAACGCGGCCUCUGAUAGUUCCAUGUAUUGGGAUUAUUUGACACAAAAUCCAGAAUCUAUCCAUCAAGUCACUUAUAUGUUUGGUGAUAGAGGUAUUCCAAAGAAUUGGGCUGAAAUGUCUUCUUAUUCAGGUCAUGCCUUUAAAUUCAUUAACAGAAAGGGUGAAAUUACAUACGUACAAAUCCAUGUCAAACCAGAAAAGGAUUUCACAACGUUAUCAGUAGAAGAAGGGAAUGAGUUAGCUGGUAGCAAUCCAAAUUAUAAUCAAGAAAAAUUAUAUGAACAAGUUGCUAGUGGUACAGCUCCAAAAUUAGAAUGUUUCAUUCAAACUAUGACCCCAAAGCAAGCUGAAUUAUUUAGAUAUUCCAUCAAUGAUUUAACUAAGAUUUGGCCACAUAAAGAUUUCCCAUUGAGGAAAUUUGGUGAAAUUAGAUUCACUGAAAAUGUAGAAAAUUUCUUUGAAGAAAUUGAACAAAUUGCAUUUUCUCCAAGUAAUACUUGUAUUCCUGGGAUUGAACCUUCAAAUGAUCCUGUCUUACAAAGUAGAUUGUUUUCAUAUCCUGAUACUCAACGCCAUAGAUUAGGUGGAAACUAUAAUCAAUUACCUGUUAAUCGUCCAAGAAAUGUUGUAUGUCCUGUCACGGGUAAGAGAAUGGCAGGUAAUGGUGGCGUUGGCUCAUUGAAUGGUACCCCCCUAGAAUGUCCAUAUAAUCCUGCUAAUUAUCAUAGAGAUGGUACAGCUACAUUAUACAAUUAUGGUAAUCAACCAAAUUUCAUCUCUACAUUACCAUCAGCAAAUAUGAAAUUUGCUAAUUUGACUUUAGAUGAUGAUAAAGUAGAAGAUUCCAAAUAUCAAGGUGUCGUCUUGGAAGAUGCUGUUAAAGCUGAUGUUAAGAAACAAGAAGAAAAAUUUUUGGAACAUGAAAAUGUUAUUAAUAAUAAGAUUAAUUCUUACACUUAUGUUAAUGGGGUUUCACCAUUAGAUUUUGAACAACCAAGAGCUUUGUACGAAAAUGUUUUCAAUGAUGACGAUAAGAAGACUUUUGUUAAGAAUGUUGUAGAUCAUGCAUCUACUUGUAAGACUGAAAUUGUUAAAGUUAGAGUUGCUCAAUAUUUCGGUUUAUUGAAUAAAGAUCUAGGCAGUCAAAUUGCUGAAGGUUUGAAAGUCCCAUGGAAGCCUGUUGAUUUUGAAGGAUAUGCCAAGGCAAUUGGUAUGGCACCUCCAAGCUAG